GAUCACAUGGGGCUGGGGGUCGUCCCGGCCCCCCGAUCAGCCCCGUCUCCACAGGCCCGGCGAUGCUCCUCCUGCUCCUCGCCGCCCUCCUGGGCGCUGGGCUGCUCCUGCUGCUCUGGGCCCGCGGGGGGCCUGGCAGGGCAGCAGGAUGGAGCCAUCGUUGGAGGCUCCUGCUGGGGCACAGCCUGGUGCUCGGGGGCCUGGGCUGGGCUAUGAGCCAGCAGCGCCGGCGCCUGGAGAACCAGACCAAGGACGUGUGGCAGAGCCAGGAGCGGUGCCUGCUGCGGCUGCUGAAGGAAGCUGGGGACGUGGAGCCAGACUCUAACACCUUCCGGGAGCAUCAUCCCUUGAAACCAGGCAGGCUUGAUAAGGAUGGGAGCCGCCAGCCCACCCUGCGCCCUGCCAGCCUGCCCGGCCCAUGGACUCUGCUCCAGAGCUGCUGGGCCUUGGAUGCCCCACUGCAGGGGACCAUGUUGUACCUAGACAUCCUCAGCAAAGCAUACCCAGACGCACUGACCCCGCAGGCCACUGCCGCCUUCUCCUGGGCCCCAGGCUGCCCAUGCCCUGCCACAGCCUGCCCCCUGCCCACGCUGUACUGUACCCCAGCAGGGAUGGGUGGGGAUGCUGUGCCCUCACGCAGCUCAGCCCUGUAUGUGCAGCUGCUGUUUGCCCUGCAGGAGCGGGCAUUGCGAGUACUAAAGGCUGGAUUGGCCUCAGAGCUCCAUGAUGCCUUGGCCAUCCUGCGCACCAACUGGGAGGGUCUGGCACAGGACCUAGCCUCAGGAUGGCUGAGCCCACAGCUGAAACUACCUGAGGGGACUCGGUACCAGCUGGACAGCCUCCUGUCUCCCAACCCAGUGCGGGCGGCAGAGCUGAGGGCUGAGUGCUCUAGGGGUUUUGACGGCAUUGCCCAGCGCCUGUGGCCGCAGCUGCAGGCAGUGGUGGUGGGGGAGUCUGGCAGUGAGCAGCUCUAUGGAGACACCCUGCGGGAGCAGGACUGCAAGGGCAUCCCCUUCUACUCCCCCUUCUAUGUGGCAGCAGGAGCUCUGCUUGGAGUGAACCUGUGGCCAGAGGAAUCUGAUUGCCGCUACCUGCUGUGCCCGGGCUGGGCAUUCUGUGAGUUCCUCCCAGCAGGGGCUCACAGGGAGGAACCACUGGAGACAGUGCUGCUGGGGGACGUAUGGGAAGGCCAGGAGUAUGAGCUGGUGCUCAGCGCCCACCCUGGGCAGUACAGGUGCUGUGUUGGGGAGGUGCUGAAGGUGACUGGAUUCUAUCACCAGUGUCCUGUGGUGGAACCUGUGCGCAGGCUGAGCCAGACCCUGAGCGUGCGGGGAGAGAGCAUCCCUGAGGAGCACUUCUGCCACACCCUGCGCCGUGCUGUGGGGAUGUGGCCAGGAGCUAAACUGGUCGACUACAUCUGUGCGGAGAGCAGCCUGCUGGGUGCCACCUCUGGGACCUCUGCCCCCCAUUACCAGGUGUUCAUGGAGCUCCGUGGCCUGCGGGAUCUGACAGAGGGACAGCGCUAUAAGCUGGACCAGUGUCUCCAGGAGGAUUUCCCCAUCUACAAAUCCUUCCGCUUCAAGGGCAGCAUUGGGCCACUGCGCCUGCAUCUGGUGGCUGCUGGGGCCUUUGCAGAGCUGCGGGGAGUCAUGGGUGCCCCAGCCCCCAUGGCCAGAGUCCUGCGGGAGAGGCACCUGCUUGACUUCAUCCAGAGCAGAAUCAUCUCCUGAGGCAGCUGCUGAGGAGCCCAGCCAUUCUUGGGCACCUUGCCAUAGCUUUCCUAUCACCCGUGCUCGCUUGCCACUGCAGUGGUGCAGAGGAAGGAACACUGGUGUGGGGCCUAGGCAAGGGCUGUGUUCCAGAGUGAGGAGGGCAGGAGGCUGCAGUGUCUAGAAUAGGAGAGGUGGGUGCUGUUUCUCCCCAUGCUGCUGCUGAGAGGGGUGUAUGGGGCCAGGGAACUAUGGUGUCUCCAGCAGGUUAGCUUUUGCACCACAAAGCCUGAGUGGGUGAACAGGCAGCCCCUGCCUGCAGCACAAGUGUGUUGGGGGUGGUGCAGUCAGGUACAGUGGAGGCGUGGCCGGAUCUGGCCCCUUGAGUGAGCUCUGCCCAGAAGCACCAGCCUGCCCAGCUUGGGCACUGCCAAGUACAAGUGUCUCAAGGUCCAGCUUGGACACUGAAGCUUGGUGAGGCAGCUCUGCUAGCUAUGGAUGGCAUCUGUCCAGCUCACCCACUAGGGGGCACCAGCAGCCAGUUCAGCUUCUCCGGUUCUUAGCACUGAGCUGGGUUAUCUCAGGAGAGGCUGCUCUUCCCUGGAGUCAGCCCCUCUCCAGACAUUUCACAUUUGGGGGAACUGAGGCAUGUGGCUAAGGGCUUUGCCUGUGGUUGGUCAGGGAGCCUGAGGCAGAGUCAGGAUCUGACCUCAGCUUUCCCUCUGCCCAGCCUAGAGCCUGACCCCUCCCUCUCUCUGGCUGGCUGGGCUGGGCUGGCUGUGGGGGAGCUGCUGCCUGGAAAGGGAUUAGGGCUGAGGAAGAGAGAGCUGCUCUGGUCCUGCUGGGCUCUGCUCUCCCUCUCUCUGGUUUUGUACUUUAAUACUGCUGAACUGUUUCCCCCCCCCCCAAUGUUUUGCUUGUGCCUUUUGCUCAGUCCUGCUCUUGUAGCCCUUGAGUGCAGCACCCCAGGGGCAAGGUACAGUUGCUGCAGAAGAGUGACCAGCAGGGAGGUGAGAUAGUAGUCAAGCCUUUGGACUAGCCCUCCUCAUUUAGGAGAAAAGUACCCAUUGGCUUCAUUGUCUUCACAGUCCAGACAGGCCCUUGGCUUUGUAUACAUAGGCCCAACAGCUCUCUGCCCAGAGAACACACUUGAUCUUCGUGGCUUGGAGAAGCUGAUGCCACGGUGUGUGCAGGGCAGCAGUGGGUGGCACUUCUACUUCCAGCAUAUCUUCUCUGCUAUGGGGGGCCCUAUGCUCUGCUGGGAACCUUGGCCACAAGGCCAGCUCUGCGUAGGGGCAGCUAGCCCAACUUCCUUUGGGAUCUGAACUGGUCUUUGAAGCAUGGGGGCUGGAGGUUUCAGGGCUGUGGGUACCAGCUGCUGUGUGCCUUGCCCAUAAGCCCUGCUCCAGCAGGGGCUGCUUUUAACGUUGAAAAAAUAGAAGCACAAUAAAGAUGGAUUAUGUCUGACAACAUCACUGCGUGCAGGGUCAUGCUCCCUGA